AUGGAUUUACCCAAAAGUAAGUAUACACAUUGGAAGGCGAAUUUCAUAUAUGGUCUUCCUUCUCAAUUUGCUGAAAGGGUUAGAAAAGAGCUUACGGGAUCGGGUUCCUAUAAUGAAAUAUCCUAUGAAAAUUUUACCUAUGGUCAGCUGAUAGUAGCCUGUACUCAGCAAGGUUUAGCUUUGUGCAAUGAGUUAAAAUUGGCUAGGAAAAUUAAGCUUGAUAAGCUUAAAGAAAGAUCCCAAUUAGGAGAUUUUUGUGAGCAAUUUGAUAUGGAUAAAUCGGAUUCUACUUCUCAGGAAAAAGUUGAAGAUUUAGAUUUGAAUGUUCAAACCCUCAUUGCUGAUAGCGUUCUUGAGUUAUUAAAAGAAGUUUUCGAUGAAAAACUUAGUGAAAAAAUUAUUACUAUUGCUACUAGAAAAUCUGCUGAUAGCGUCCCUAGUACUUCUAAAAUUGCUGAUAGCACUUAUACUUCUCGGAGUACUGAUAAUGAUUAUUACAUGCCUUAUUAUUUAGCUGAGAUUAAUAGACUCCUUGCUAUAAGUCAAUUAUCUGACAAAGGUACAUCUUUAAAUGAUUUAAAAAUUGAGGUUGAAAACCUGAAAAAAGAGAUUAUAUCUCUGAAGCAAAACCAAAUGAUUUGUGAUCACAAGAUUAUAAAAAUUGAGAAAGAUAUAUCUCACAAUGAUGUUUCUUCCAAAGGAAAGGAAAAAAUGUCCAAUAUAGAAAAAGAGGAUAUUUUAUAA